AUAUUUUCUAUCGUUGAGUUGACCAGACUGUAACCAACAACCCAUGGAAACUAAGUAAAUACCAGUUCAGUAUGAUGUCGGACGGGACUCCGUGUUUUUAUUUUUAAAGGAAACCAGCGUUUGUCAACGUCCUGGAUCCUUUCUUCGAAGCUUCGAAAAUUUUAGGGGUAAAUAGUGUCCAAGUUUAAGUGCAGCGCGAUGAGCAAUGGUGACCAGGUCCAGCUUCUUUGGCCUACAGAGGAGCCGUCGCAUUGCCCCUGAUACCUCAUGUCAUGAAAUCCGGAACAUCAUUGAAGUGCGCAAGGGGAGAUGGCUGCAUGUUCAACAUGUUGUGCCUGAGCCCAGAAAACACGCCAAGCUGUGCUUCGCCAGAGGUACAGACCUUCAUGGACUUGGGAAAUAUGCGGAAGAGUUGGGGUAUGUGAACAAUGCCAAUGCUGACGGGGUGAAUGGAGAGGUAGAGGCAGAUGGUCUGGUAUCCCAACCAAGCAGUGUUGAACACCAUGCUUCAACCCAGCCCCAGACCAAACUGACCAAUAGGCAAAGUUCCCUGCUCAGUCGUAGCCUGGAGUGGUUUGCACGGGACAGUACUGACAGUAUCCUCAGUGGCUCCACGGUCACCUGUUCUCAUCUGGACAAUGUGAGCCAGGGUUCACUUCACUCCGUCAUGGAGGACGGCAACACAGCGAUUUUCUUCAUCCAUGGUGUGGGAGGCUGCUCAGACCUUUGGCGUCACCAGAUAGCGUACUUUGUCAGUCAGGGGUAUGAGGUCAUUGCCCCUGACCUGCUGGGUCACGGCUUCAGCAGGGCACCACAUCAGUCCAAGGCGUAUGCCUUCAGUGAGCAUGCGGAUGACAUAAUGACCAUAUUUGACCGCUUCUGCAAAAAGAGAAAUGUUCUUGUUGGUCAUUCCUAUGGGGCCUGUUUCUGUGCCAAGAUUGCCCGUGAGCGAGCCAGGAAGGUGACCAAGGUGGUGCUCAUCAGCGGUGGGGGGCCGGUCCCCCUUGAACCGGAGCCCUGUCAGCUGUUCUGCCUACCCAGCUUUGUGCUGGCUUGCAUCAAGCCUAUCAUAAUCAGAGGCUUUGUCAGCCAAGCCUUCCACAAAAACAGCAAGCAGACCCAAGAGGAGAAGAAUCGCUCCUUUGACAUUCCCGCCUAUGUGCUGCGCGCCACCAUGCAGGGCCAGAGCUGGCGUGAGGGCGACGAGGAGUACCAUGCUGCCCUCGGUGCCAGCACACUGCUCAUCUACGGGAUGCAAGACGAGCUGGUUCUACUGGACGACGAGAAGUGGAUGAAUGAAACAAUCUACGCAUCUCAACUUGAGACCCUUGAAAACGCCAGCCACAUGGUCAUGCUAGAACAGCCCGACACGGUCAACCGACUCAUCCACACUUUCAUCCUGAAGGACACCAUGGUGCACCACCGUGCAAGACCCAAAAGGUCAAUGUCCUCCCGGUCAACUAGGAUGGGUGCCCAUGGUAAGACCAUGCCACAUGUCACCAUCACAUGACAGUGGCAUGCCACAUGACUGCCAUAUGAACGUAGAUGACUGCAGCAUUUCUACUGGCACCCUGUUACACAUGUAAAGACAUUCAGAUCUUUAUUCAAUUUACGCAAAUCUGCAAUACAGCUUGCUCGUUUUCUAAACUACAUUCUAUCAGGGAAGUGGUCAGUAUUCAGGAUAAUGUAGGCUUGUGCAUACACCUGGACUUGGACACGUAGAGUGUGUUCGCACGGUUACUCUUGUUAACACGAGUAGCUUGCUCAAACACACCCUGAAAUAUCAGCGUAAAAGACUGUGUGUAAUAAUGUUCUGCAGUAUUGAAUGCAAGACUGUAUAAACCGGUACUUCUGCAACUGAUUGGUUUGAAAUAUAUCCUGCCGGUAUGUAUCUGAUGGAUACAUAAUGGGCAAGAUACUGUAGAUGCGGGGCUGAUGGUCGGAGUGUGUAACUUUCAAUCACAAGAUCAGGGUCAAAUCUAGAUCCAAAUGCAGUGGGGUAUGUGUUGUGACCUUGCGCAGGUCACGUCACCUUGCGCAGGUCACGUCACCUUAAUACUUGCUUCUCACCACCCAGAUGCGUAAAUGGGUACCUGUGAGGGCAGAAAGGAUUGUCUGGUUGAUUAACCUGCCUUAAAUGGUUUUACCAAUGGUCAUAUACUUCCCAGGGAGUUUAUAGUACUGUUUCUUUGCCAAGCGAGCAGGGAGAGUAUUCCAAAGCACAUUUAGAGUCAGCCAAGAAUGGGAAUGUGCUAUCUAAGUUUGUCAUAUUCAUCCAACACAAAAGCAAAAUGGCUAAGGAAUGUUUCAUAGGUGUGACGAACAGGGGUAGUAACUUGGAUCCUUCUUUAGAAGUGUGGCACAAAUACCGGGUGCCCAUUAAUUUUAAUGGUCAAGCUUCGGUACGUUGGCUUGUUUAAUACCCUUGAACAGUCCACUACCGUGCAUUAGUAGAUGGGUACUGUGUAAAAGGUCAUGCAGGACCAGGUUUUUUGUUCCCACAGAAAACUGCGUGCCCAGUGUCUACAAACUACCGGUAAGUCUCUCAGGGGUUUGGAGUAAAGUGUAAUGUGACCAUUACUCCAUUCUGCAGACUGUAAAGUGGUGUACACGCAUCUCAAAUGUGAUUCUAAAUCCACACAACAUUGCUUAUACGCGCUUCAUAAUUCAAGGAUUCACUGUUACGGGUAAUGUCGUGAUGUAGGGUUUAACCCUCCUAUGCUGAAGUCACUCUUUGGGUCAUUUGGGGAACACCUCAAAGAAGCACCGCUGUGUGGUGU